AUGUCCUUCCCUCGUCCUUCUCUCAAUCUACUCCCCUCUCUUUCUCACCGCCCUUCCUUCCCCUCGCUUCCUCCCCCCAACCCUGCAUCCUCCUUUCCUCUCAGCAACAUCAACUUCCUCUGGCUGUCCUACUUCCCACCAUCAUUCUAUUUUCCCAUACCUCUCUUCACUCUUUCUGACAUCAACUUAGUGUGGCUGCGUGACCCCCGCCGCUACUUCCCACCAUCCCACUCCCUCAUGCUGCCAUCCCUCUCCCACCAAGUCCCACCUCAGCAGCAGCACCAGCAGCUAGACGCACCACCAGCACAAGGGGCAGCAGAGAGCAGGCAACAGGCAGCGGCACCUGCACCCCCCAACACCACCGCCCUCACGCCAGCCCUUCUAGGGUCCCUCUCUCCAUGGCUCAUGGCUCUUCGCCCCUCUUCUGCUGUGCAAGCCAUGGUGCACCACUGGGCUGUUGGGGCUUUAAGGGGGUAUGUGACGGCAGUCGAGGAGGAUGGGCUCGGUGGAGGUUCGGAAGGAGGUACGGAAGCAGGUGUGGGAGAAGUUUCGAAAGCAGGUCAGGAAGAGGGUACGGAAGCAGGUAUGGGAGGAGGUAUGGGAGAUGCAGGAGAGGGGAAAAGAGGGGCAAGCGUGGGGGUGCUGCCAGAACAGUUAUUCCCGCCUGGGUGGAGGGCGGUGGGGGAUAGGGCAUGGCUGGAGGCGCAUAGGAAGGAGAUAGUGGCCUUGCAGGUGAGCUGUAGGGAGGACGGCAGGCAGCAGGAGGUUUGUCUGCGAGACAUGAAGUUAUGGCUGUAA